AUGAGUCCUGACUCAAGUUCCAAUAUCGGCCAAGCACCGGGCCACACCGGCAAGAAACCAAUCGGCGAUAAGGAGGACGAGUGGGACACAAAUAGUGUUACGAAAGGCUACUACCGAAUGACGGCUAGCGACGCUCAGAAGUAUGUCGAAGGCCUCCGACAGAAAGGUGCAACAAAGGAAUUGGAGAAAUUGGAAGAUGAUGAGCGUCGCAUCAUGAAAACUUGCGCAAGAUUGUCCAAAAAUACCAGCACGAAGAAGCUGCAGAAAGACUUGAAGAAUUCGUUUCAGGAGUGGUGUAAUGAAAUGGCGGCCAAGGAGGAAGGAGACGACGACGAUCCUGCACAUGACAUGAAAGCCUAUUUCAUCUUCUUCGAGAAGAUUGGAAAAGACUGGAAAGGCAAAACAAAACGGGACCCGGGCUUUCCGGAGUAUGAGGAGUUUCCCGACCAAAGAAUCUCCAUCCACGACGCUCUAAACAGCGAUACUCACAACCCAUUCAAACCGACUCACGAUGAGACCGGUAACCCAUAUUUGCGGUACAUCCAUAUCCCAGCAAAUCACACAGGGUGGAUAGAGAAAGCUAUGGCUCGAUACCACGAAGAGGACAGAGACAUACCAGAGAAGCGGGUGAAGACCAACAAGACUCUAUCACGCCAGUUCUGGAAAGGCCAGUUGCACGGCAGCGGACUGGGCAGAAAUCCGAUUCACGCGACACAUAUGAGAUCUCGUUGUUCCGUCAUUCCAGGAGAAAUACAAUCACUAUUUGGGGAGCAGAAAGAGAGCUCCAACAUCGCGAGAUCACAAGGCGGGGUGCAAGGAAAGAAGUCCCCAAGUAAAGAUUUGGCUAUAUUUAUGCCAUAUCUUCAUUGGGAGAUGUCUGGCCGGAGAGCAAGGAUGUCAAAGGCCGUGAAGGAAAUGCUGGAAGAAGAGGAGACCAAGAAUGAGAACUCAAGGUACCGUGCUAAAAGAUCGGCAACAAUAAAGCAAGACGUGGAAAGGUACAAGAAUCUGUUCCAGGUCAAGGAUCACGAGAAUUAUGUGAUGGCGAGGAAGAUGCUGAAGAAAACGAUCAACCCAACAAAGCUUGGUCAGUACCUUCUGAACCUGGCACGGCUAUGGGACGCCAUGGACAUGGAACUCGAUGAGAGGAUGGUAAAACAUGGCCUGAUAUCGCAGAAUACCAAGGGUAGUGCCCCGGAACCAUUGCUGCAUAUCCGCCGUACUCUAGACCAGUCCUACUUCCUCAACCUCAAGGACACUUCACAACGUGAUCUAGACCAGGUUGUGUAUCGAGCAACCAAGGGAUACGGCAGCCACACCCGUGUUGUGAUGGUUGACCAGUUGUGGCUCUGGGUCCUAGAUGAACAUACCGUCAUCACGUCCUUCCCGAAACGCUGGGGACGAAACAAACCUGACUCAUCUGGGAUCCAUAAAAGCCUUCGAGAACGACUGGGUCAAGCCGAUUGCAAAAUCAUGUCGGCCUGGCACUUGGCAUCCAUCAUCAUCGACCAAUGCUCCAACGUGUUCUUCGACCGGACAAAGCCCCUAGAUCUCCGGCCUGAGGUGAUGGACAUCUUCGCCGAAACGCUUGGUGACGUCAACCAUUACACUACAAUUGCUUUCAAAGUAUUCUGGCACAGCGUCGACGUAUUUACCCGAAAUCGCGACAAUCGUACCUCACACCGGCAAAGCCAGAAAUACCUCGACAUCAACCCAGAGGGUACGUUGCUGAAGGAGGCUCAGGACAUCGUGGAGGAAUUGAAAAUCAUGAUCGGCAUCUUUUCACAACAGCUGGGCGUUGUCAAGAACUUCCAGAAAUGCCUGGAACACAUGAAUGGAGACCCAACGACUCGUUCAAGAGCCCCUCACUUGACCAAAGCAUUCCUACAUCACGUGGCUGCUUGGGCAACGGAGCAUGAUUCGUCGUCUGAAGUGAGCAAGGAGAAGCCCGUUUCGUUGGCCGAAAUGGAAUUCCUGGAAGACUUGGUAGAGGAGGUGGAAAAUCGGAAGUCAGAGAUCAUGGAUUUGGAAAGUGCUGCACUUCAGACCUGCCACCAGGCGAGUUGA